AUGGAUACCAAGUCAACUUACCAUUCCAUGGAUCCACGAACCCAUAACAACUAUCGAAAUGCUCUUGCCCAAUUAUAUGCUCUUGAGAGACAUUUCAGUAAAAAUCCUGAAUAUCAUGACAACUAUGAAAACAGCUUUCAGAUGUAUCUUGCAGCUGGCUUCAUUAAGGAAGUCGAAAAUCCGAAAAUUGAAGGCUACUAUUUACCCUACUUUGGAGUAAAGAAGCAGAGCCUAACAACACUGUUACGCAUAGUAUUCAACACUUCGUCCAAAGUUAAUGGUGAACUCUCAUUAAAUGACUGUCUAUUUCCGGGUCCUACUCUAGCCAUAAUGUUGUAUGAUUUGCUGAUCAAAUUCCACAGUCACCCUUAUGCAUUACUAUCAUACAUCUCGAAAUACACUCAUUUCUUGUGGCGACGAAAGCCUUUACCAGUGGCCACGUACGCCUUUCAAGUCGUGGUAUUUGGUGUCACCACUAAUCCCUAUAUACUGCAACAAGUGCUUAGGACUCACCUCCAAGAGAAAGGGAGGGAAGAAUUAAUGAAGUCUUUUUAUGUAAAUAACUAUAUUCAAACUUUUGAGUCUUAUAACCAGCUAGAAGAUGCAUAUGUUGAAACCAAAUCAUUGUUAGAUGAGGCCCACAUGCCUUUAACUGGGUGGGCCAGUAACUGUCAGGGAUUUAACGAGAGACUAGACUGUAAUGAACCUAAUGAAAAUGCAAACUUCUGUCAUCUUUAA